AUGACGUCGAUGGAUCUGGGCUUCUUGCCCAUGAUUAAGUGUUCGAAUUGCGGACGGAAUGUUGAGAUUUCCUCGAUGGGAGACCAUGUCUGCGCCCCGGUCGACCAGAAGUCGCCGGCGACAGCCCCAUCGUCGUCCAGCCUGUCGAGCCGGGAGACCUCCAAUGCCACAUCGAAUGCGACUACACCUCCCUCUCCCCCGCCGUCAGCGGGUCUCGACGCUCCGCACCACUUGAAGGUGGCGCUGAGCAGUAGAUCUAGCCGAUCUGGAGCACCCCCUCGCAUCGAUCCGUCGAUCGCAAAUCGCGCUUUUCUCCAACCUGCUCUCAUUACGCCUGGCAGUAGUACCGAAUUACAUCUCCAAUCACCUUCAUCUGUUCACGCCGCUCCCCGAUCACCCAUGUCUCAGCCAGCACAGUUGAACACUCGAUCAUCCCCCAAGGACGAGUCAGUGCUGGAUCGCGACACUGUCUUUUCUUUUCCAAUGCCUGGUAGUCGGCCUCCAGCUCUCGUUGGGACGCCUUCUUUGAAAAUGGAGCUGUCGCUUCAGUCGUCAACUCGGUUUGCCUCCGCCCCUUCUCCGCGACCCGGUUUAAAUACAGUUCCGGAGAACAUUCAGCUUCCACCUAGUCCUCUACCACCCCGUGUGGAAAUGGCGCACACGGUCCACAAUGGAAGAGAGUCUAUUGUGAGUCAAAGUAGCUAUCGGAGCUCUCUGGCUAGUACACGUCAUGAAGGGUCGACCACAAGAUCAUCUAUUUCACGCUCAUCGACUCAAAGCAUUUCCCGAGGCUUGCGCUCGUUCAUGGACACUCCGCCCCUUCCACCAGCCCCCCUUCGCACACCCAAUCAAGCAUCCUGUACGAGGGAAUCCACACCGGAUCUAACCCUCACUCCCAGCGCUCGUCCUGAACGUGGAAAUUCCUACAGUGGAUUCGACUUUGGGAUUGACUCCGGGGCAGCACAGUCAAGCGCGCAUAGCUCCCCGCAGAACGAUUCUGCUUGGCCACAUUCGAUGGAUCAUGAUCAUCAGCCCAAGUCUUUGUCAUCUUAUAACGGCGCGGAGCAUUUGCACCCUGCAGAUGCAAAAGCUGAUGGGGAUGACUAUGCCACACGCAAGGCAUCUGAUGCGACUAGUGAAAGCGCCACAUCGAUUACCAAUUUUGCACGUGCUUUAGGUUUCAGUAAGCAGCAGGACGAUAUGCAAGAUGAGUCUACUGCCUCGGAGUAUGAAUCCUCUGGAGCGCGCACAGGAAGUUCGAGUGGAAGCUCCAUGUCCAGUCUACCGUCCGAUUCAAGUUUAGGUCGUGAUAAAACCCCAGACCCUUUCAACCUCGGAUGCUUGGUGGAGGAACUCCCUGCGCAAACUCGCCAGACCAUCGUGGAAAUGCCGGACCGUCCCCGAAACACCUUGGAUGAGAUCCCUCGUAUCCCCGCUGUAUUUUUCAGCCCCGAUUCACCUACCGAUCCUGCGAUCGGUCAAGGCAGUCUCUCGCUGAUUGCCGAGAAGGGCGAAGGGUCGGUUUGGUUGAAGCAGCAGGAGCAAGAAUACUUGGGGGAACCGCCGUCGCCAUCCGCGUUGCACGCCCCACCAUUUCCUCCACCCUCACAAACAACAGAAUCACCUCGAACAUCGCCCUUGGCUGAUUCGUCACUUCCAUCAGAGGAAAAGCCGACAACUCCACAACAACAGCUUCACGCACCCACACCUUAUUCUCGGCCAAUACAAAGAUCCUCCACGGAACCGAUGACCCGCCCUUCAAGUCGACCCGGAGCCCGCCCUAAAGGCAAUUGUAAGGGCUGCGGCGAGCCAAUCACUGGAAAAUCGAUCUCCUCCUCGGAUGGUCGCCUGACCGGACGAUACCACCGUGGAUGCUUUGUCUGCUUCGAUUGCCAUUCACCCUUUCCAUCUGCGGACUUCUACGUCUUGGACAAUCGGCCUUAUUGUGCUCAGCACUACCACGAGCGGAAUGGGUCCCUUUCCGCCCCGAACGACGGCGAUUCCACCCUGAGUGUCUUCAAUGCCGAACCUGCCGUGUCCUGCUCAAGGGCGACUAUUUCGAAUGGAACGGCGACGUGUUCUGCGAACAAGACGCUCGACGCGCCGCCAAUGCCUACUAUCGUCCCCCACCCGGACAUCCAGUAUCGAUUGGACCACCAAAAGUUGGACCCGCUGGGGCUUCCAGCUCAUUACGACCCCCAGGACCCCCUGGUCCCGGUGGCCAUCGUCGACCACCCGGCGGCCCUCCGCCUCCUUCAUCUAUUCAAGGGCGUCCGUAUCCUCCUCCCCCAGCCGGAUACCGUCCUCCUCCGUCACCAUUACCGAGCAACGGAGGGCUGCGACCUGGUCCUCGUUAUCCUUCCGGCGGCGCCAGACGAUUCCCUGAAAGACGAACCACCAGACUUAUGA